AUGGGGCCGGCAGAUUACAGCGAUGGCCUGCAACAGGCGCAAAAGGUCAUCUUCGAGACGGGAUCGUUUACCGGUUACCGCCAUGUCGUGUCGGAACUCGGGAGCGGUUAUCUGAGUGCCGAGCGCGUCUUCGCCCAGCCCUUGUGCGGAAACGAGGAGGGAUGGGGCCCGAUGAGCCCGUUUCGAUAUGACUUCACGCCAUGCUUUAUCGACGUGUGGGUGGCUACAGUGGCCGCGUUUGGCAUCUUCGUCGGCUCAAUCGCCGUAUGGUGGCUGAUUAAGAGGAAGCAACCGACACAUGUGUCGAAGGACUGGCAUUUUUGGACCAAAGCAGCCCAGACGCUCCUCGGGCUCAUCAUCGCCAAUGUCGCCGUCCAGCUAGGCUUCCAAAUCGCCAACUACCCCGAUAUCUGGUACGGCGACUUUAGGGUCUACACCACCGCCGCCACCGUCCUCUCUCUCUUCGUCAUCUUUACGAUCCAGUGGCUCGAGCACUCCCGACUCCGAAACGCAAACGGCGUUGUUCUGUUCUACUGGCUAUUCCUCCUGAUCGCGCUUGCAGUCAAGCUUCGGUCCUUGAUAUCGCAGCAAAUCUACGUCAAGAGCCUGCCAUACUUUGUCACAUACGCCGUAGGCUUCGGCCUUUCGGUGGUCGAAUUCUUCUUCGAGUGGCUAUGGCCAAAGAAGAAUAGCACGUACGAGGCGCUGGUCGAUGAGGAGGAGGAGUGCCCCGCCGAAUACGCCACCGUCUUCUCCCUCCUCACUUUUUCGUGGAUGACGCCCUUGAUGAAGUACGGCUACUCGACGUUCCUGACGGAGGAUGACCUCUGGGCGCUGUCAAAGAGUGACACGACCAAGGCAACGGGUGACGCCUUUGACAGCAGGUGGCAGCACGAACUGAAGCAUCGGAAGAACCCUUCACUUUGGCGAGCCCUUUUCGGUGCUUACGGCGGUCCUUACAUGCUUGCCGCCGUUUUCAAAGUGGGAAACGAUAUCUCUCAGUUCAUGCAGCCGCAGCUCCUGAGGUUCCUAAUCACGUUUGUGACUUCCUACCGCAACGGGAACGAGCCCCAGCCCGUCAUUAAGGGCGCUGCUAUCGCGCUCGCCAUGUUUGCCGUUGCCGUUUUCCAGACAACCAUGGUUCAUCAAUACUUCCAGUUGUCCUUUGUUACCGGAAUGAGAAUCAAGGGUGGCCUGACUUCCUCCAUCUACAAGAAGGCCCUGAAGCUUUCGAACGAGGGCCGGGCAUCCAAGUCCACUGGAGACAUCGUCAACUACAUGGCGGUCGAUGCUCAGCGGCUGCAAGACCUUACUCAGUUUGCCCAACAAAUGUGGUCAGCCCCCUUCCAAAUCAUCAUCUGCAUGGUUUCGCUCUACCACCUAGUCGGGUGGUCUAUGUUGGCGGGCAUUGGUGUCAUGAUCUUCAUGAUCCCCAUCAACGGCAUGAUUGCUCGCAUCAUGAAGAACCUGCAGAAAAAGCAGAUGAAGAACAAGGAUGCCAGAAGCCGACUGGUUGCCGAAAUUAUCAACAAUAUGAAGAGCAUCAAGCUCUACGCCUGGGGCGCGGCUUUUAUGAACAAGCUGAACUACAUCAGGAACGACCAGGAGCUGAAAAACCUACGCAAGAUUGGAGCUGGCCAGGCCUUUGCCAACUUCACCUGGUCUAGCACUCCGUUCUUGGUCUCCUGUUCCACUUUCGCCGUAUUUGUGCUUACCGAUGACCGUCCCCUGACUACCGACAUUGUCUUCCCUGCUCUAGCUCUGUUCAACCUUCUCACCUUCCCCCUGGCGGUUCUCCCCAUGGUGAUCACCAGCUUCAUCGAGGCCAGCGUUGCCGUUGGCCGCCUUACCUCAUACCUAGUUGCCGAAGAAAUCCAGCCCGAGGCUAUUAUUGCAAAGCCACCUGUUGAGAUCUUGGGAGAGGAAUCGGUCUUGAUUCGCAACGGCUCCUUCUCUUGGAACCGCCACGAGGACAAGACCGUCCUAAAGGAUAUUAACUUCAGCGCUCACAAGGGUGAUCUGUCCUGCAUUGUUGGCAUCGUCGGCGCAGGCAAGAGUUCUCUCUUGCAGAGUAUCCUCGGUGAUCUGUGGAAGAUUAAGGGCGAGGUCGAGGUCCAUGGAAUGGUAGCCUACGUCAGCCAGUCACCGUGGAUCAUGAACGCUACUGUCCGGGAGAACAUUGUCUUUGGCUACCGGAAGGCUCGCGUUGCUCUGGCGAGAGCCGUCUACGCGAGAGCCGACAUCUAUGUCAUGGACGACUGCCUAUCUGCCGUUGAUUCCCACGUUGGACGUCACAUUAUCGACAACGUCCUCGGUCCCAAGGGCCUGCUCAGCUCCAAGACAAGAAUCCUUGCUACGAACUCGAUUCCUGUUCUUGUCGAGUCAGACUACAUCUGCAUGAUCAAAGACGGCGAAAUUACCGAGAGGGGUACCUACCGGCAGCUCACGGCAAUGAGAGGCGCCGUCUUCGAUUUGAUCAAGACUGCUGGGCAAAACGACUCGGGCUCGAGUUCUCCUGUUGCAUCUCCUGGUGAUAGCGACAGCGAGACAUCGACUGUCAUCGAGGCAGGAUGCAGCAGCCAGGACAAAGAAGAGCUAGAGGAAGCUCAGGAAGGGCUAGGCGCACUCCAGGCCAUCAAGCCCGGUCCUGGCAGCUCCGCUUACCAAAAACCGCGGACUGGCAGCAUGGCUACCUUGAGGCGCGCGAGCGCCGCUAGCUUCAAGGGUCCCCGUGGCAAGCUUCAUGACGAGGAAAAUCCCAGCAAGACCAGACAGGCAAAGGAGCACCUGGAGCAAGGCAAGGUCAAAUGGUCAGUUUACGGUGAAUACGCCAAGGCAAACAAUCUCGCGGCUGUUGCCGUCUACCUCAUUGCUCUCGUUGCUGCUCAAACGGCGCAGAUCGCCGGGAGCGUUUGGCUCAAGAACUGGGCCGACAGAAACACCGAGGCCGGCAGUAACCCCGAGGUUGGCAAGUACAUCGGCAUCUACUUCGUGUUCGGCGUCGGCGCUGCCGUCUUGACGGUUGUACAGACCCUCAUUCUUUGGAUUUUCUGCUCCAUCGAGGCAUCCCGCAAGUUACACGAGAAAAUGGCCACGGCCAUCUUCAGGUCGCCCAUGUCCUUCUUUGACGUUACACCGGCUGGCCGCAUUCUAAACCGGUUCUCGAGUGACAUUUAUCGUGUCGAUGAGGUACUUGCCCGGACCUUCAACAUGCUGUUCAACAACCUUGCCAGGUCGCUAUUCACCCUUGUCGUCAUCUCGGUCACAGUGCCUCCUUUUACCGCUUUCAUCGUUCCGUUAGGUCUCAUGUACAUGUGGAUUCAGCGGUACUACCUACGGUCAUCCCGAGAGCUCAAGAGAUUGGACAGCGUGAGCCGCAGCCCAAUCUAUGCUCACUUCCAGGAGUCCUUGGGCGGCAUCUCCACCAUCCGUGCAUACCGCCAGCAGGACAGGUUCGAGCUCGAGAACGAGUGGCGGGUGGAUGCCAACCUUCGUGCUUACUACCCUUCCAUCAGCGCUAAUCGAUGGCUGGCGAUACGGCUCGAGUUCAUUGGUGCGAUUGUUAUCCUGGCUGCCGCUGGGCUCGCCGUCACUGCGGUGGCCAACGGCGUUGAUCUCAGCCCCGGGAUGGUCGGCUUGGCCCUCUCGUACGGCUUGCAAAUCACCACGUCUCUCAACUGGAUCGUCCGCCAAACGGUCGAGGUGGAGACCAACAUCGUGUCCGUGGAGCGCGUGCUCGAGUACGCGCGGUUGCCGAGCGAGGCACCCGAGAUCAUCCACCGCAACCGGCCGGCGGUGAGCUGGCCGUCACGUGGCGAGAUUGAGUUCAACAACUACAGUGCGCGGUACCGCGAGGGCCUCGAUCUUGUGCUCAAGAAUAUCAACCUCGAUAUCAAAUCACACGAGAAGAUUGGCGUUGUGGGACGCACGGGGGCCGGGAAAUCCUCCUUGACCCUAGCCCUGUUCAGGAUUAUUGAGCCUGAUACGGGCAAUAUCAGCCUUGAUGGGCUCAACACUUCGACCAUCGGCUUGCUGGAUCUCCGGAGGCGUCUCGCUAUCAUCCCGCAGGAUGCGGCUCUCUUUGAGGGUACCGUUCGGGACAAUCUGGACCCCGGACAUGUCCAUGAUGACACGGAGCUUUGGAGCGUUCUCGAACACGCUCGGCUAAAAGACCACGUCGCCUCCAUGGAGGGUGGGUUGGAGGCCAAGAUCCACGAAGGAGACCGCCAGGCGAGGGGGCGGAAUGUCAUAUCAUGGCUCGCACAUUGGGGAGGAGUGAAAGUCGAGGUGCUCCGCGAACCGAGGCGCCGUUUCUGUCCUGCCUCUUGCCUUGCCAUAUGCACCACCGCACCCUCCCAUCUAGUUGGAUGCGCGCCGGUACACAACGCAGGUCCUUGCAGGAUCUCCGAUGCCAUGGGCAUGGCCGCAACACUGGAUAAGCCGUGUUCCGAACGUGGCCUGUCCCCCAUCACAUCAUCCGCCCCUAUCUUGUGUGCCCUACCCGCUUACCGACAUUGCCUGUCAUCCGACCCCAAUGGCCGCCGCUGCGGUAUACAAACUGUCGGAAUCAAGUGGUCCGUUGCUGUUCGGCCGGUGCCAUCCGGGGCAAAGGAAUGUCAUUUCUCACACCCGGCAAGGGCUCCACACCUCUCGCAGAGGCCAACGCCAGCUGGUGAUCCCUCGCGCGCGGCGAUGCUCACACCCGUCCAACAUCCAUGGGUCCUCGACGAGGCCACCGGCGGCCGUCGACGUCCAGACCGACGCCAUGCUGCAGACCACGCUGCGCGGACCGCUUCUUUCGCCAACCGCACCAUCGUCACCGUCGCCCACAGCAUCAACACCAUCCUCGAAAGCGACCGCGUCGUCGUGCUGGAUAAGGGCGAGGUGGCUGAGUUUGAUACGCCGGCGGAGCUGAUCAAGAGGAGGGGGUUGUUUUAUGGGCUGGUGAAGGAGGCGGGGUUGUUGGAGGAGGAGUGA